AUGCCCGCAGGCCUCAAAUCCACCAUCGCCUCCCCUGACGACACCUGCACCGGAUGUAAGAAAUCGCAGGCGGAACUCGGCGUGCCGCUCAAGAUCUGCGCGGGGUGUAAGACGGCGCUGUACUGCUCCAAGAAGUGUCAGGAGGCGGAGAGGAAGGGGCACGGGUCAGAUUGCCAGGCGAUACGCGUGGGAGCAUCCUCGCUCUCCGGUCCUACUCCUCCCCCUGUACCGGCGGCGCCGCCGCUGUCAUCGAUCAAUCUCACGGCCGACCGGCCCAGUCGCCCCCUAGACGCCCGCGAUACCCCACUCCCCGAGGGGAAGCGUCAAAUCUGGAUAGCGAGCAAUAUGGCCAAACUCCAGCGGGACGGUCAGGAACUCAUCAUCGAGGACAUACUCCGGAAGCGCCGGCAAAAGAAGUGGUAUGACGCGCAGGCCCUCGCAUGUCGAGUCCGGGCUUGGUCUGAACCCCAGAUAUACCUACUGGCCGGAUACUUCCGGCGCGAGACCUACCUCUCCGUACUGCCCCGGGCGGAGGUCAUCCGGCAACUCAUCGACUGCUUCCGCCUGCGGAUCUCGGACGAGUACGUCUUCAAUGCCCAGCUCAUCGGGGUGUAUGGGCAGGAAGACCCGACGCCGUUCUUUGUGGACUUUAUGGAUAAGGUGGAGAGGAGUGGGACGCUGCCGGAGUGGUGGACGGUGGAGAACAGGAGGGAGGCGGAGCUUUUGAGUCAGGAUGAGACGGGCGGGAACUGUAUUCGUUACCGAGUGGGACCGGGCGGCCUGAUAAGCAAUCACGGAGGGGAUGUGGUGAUGGCGCUGAAGCUGAGGGGUCUUGCUGCGAAGGUCUACGGCCCGGGCGUACAUGCCGACUAG